AUGCUGGUGGCUCGAGCGCUGCCGGCCGCGCAGGACAGCCACACGCCCGAGCAGAAGAGGAGGGACUUGCUGCAGUGGUACGGCGCCGGCGUCGACAGUCCAGCCCUGGCGGAGCAGCCAGGUGGUUUGCCCACCUAUUUCAUUGGUGGCAGCGACUCGGAGUUGGAGGAGGAGCGCGCCGCGCCGCUGGAGAAGCCGCGGCCGGCCUUCCGCGAGGGGGCGCGCGGAGGAGUCCUGCCAGAGGGCGCCCGGGCCGCGGUGCGCGCCGCCUGCCGCGAGUACCUCGAGGGCGAGCUGCCGCGGCUGCGGCGGGUGCAGGACGCCCAGGCAAGCCUCGAGGGCCAGAUGCAGCUGCUCCUCAGCUGCUGGGGGAUGGCCCCCGCCGACGCCGCCGCGGGCGCCGCCGCCGCGGCGCCGCCCGCGCCCACCUCUGGCGCGGCCAGUGCGGCAGCGGGGGGCGCAACGGUGCCCGAGGAGGCGUGCGAGGGGCCGCUGGGGCGGCCGCAGAUGGGCCCCGCCACAGAGGCGGCCCUGGGGGACCUGCGCACCGAGCUCUGCGAGGUGAAGAGGCGGCUCGCCGCAACCGAGAUUGUGCAGGAGGUGGCCCCGCGACAAGCCGUGCGGGAGCCAGGCGCAUUUGAAGAGGAGGUCCGGAAGGUAAAGGUGCUUGUCGCGGCCGUCGGGGCGCGCUUCGACAAGCAGAUGCGUUCGCUGGAGCGGCAGGUCGAGGAUAUCCGGCUGGAUUCAGGCGAGGCGGGCGCCCGCUGGCCAGGGCGCAAGCUGGCACCGCGCGGCCCGGCGCCCGACGCGGAGCGAGCGUCCGAGGCGGGCUCCCUCGCCGGCGACACCCUCGCGGGCUCCACGGCCGGGUGCUCGUCGGUCCUAGAGGGCAUGUCGCAGGAGGAGCGUGACGAGUUGAAGAAGAUACGCAUGGUGGUCGGUGCUGCGGGCGCCAUGUUCUCGAAGGACUUGCGAGACCUGCGCGCGCAGGUGAAGGACGUGCGCGAAGAGAUGGAGAGCCUGAGAUCCGCGCGCGGCGCGGCUCGCGGCGGGCGCGGCGGGCGGGGUCGGUCCUGA